GUUGCACAACACCAACCGAGCUUCCAGCUUCCAGCUUCCAGCUUCUCUUCCACUGCGAACGGAUUCAGGCAGCGACCAGUUCCGGACUGCACCACCCUCCCCAAGCCACCCGAACCCCCACCAUGCGAAACACCUAAACACAAAACUCCACGAUGGCGCUCGAUCCGUCCAGCGGCUUCGCGGCAGCCGACGCCGUGCCCGACCUCGCCGACGCAGCAUUGCCCAUCUUCGACGUCUUGCCCGUACAGCUCCAAUUCUCCAUCGCCGCCGACUUUGUCGCGGGCCAGGCCGCCAACAAUGUCCUGGUUAUCGCCCUCUCCAACGGCCGCAUCCUCCGCAUCGACCUCAACAAACCCGAGGAUAUCGACGACAUCGACCUCCCCAAGAAACCGACCGAAACCGGCGUAAUCCGACGCAUGUUCCUCGACCCCACCGCCUCCCACUUACUCAUCUGCACGGCGCUCGGCGAGAACUACUACCUGCACUCGCAGUCGCGGCAGCCGCGCCCCCUGGCGCGCCUGCGCGGCGUGGCCAUCGAGUCGGUCGCGUGGAGCCCCGCCCUGCCGACCUCGUCCACCCGCGAGAUCCUGCUGGGCGCCGCCGACGGCAACGUCUACGAGGCCUCGGUCGAGACCUCCACCGAGUUCUACCGCAAGGAGGACAAGUACGUCAAGCUGCUGCAUCGCCUGCCCGACGGGCCCGUUACGGGCCUGUGGGUGGAUGUGCUGCCGUCGCCCGUGCCGGCCGCGCCCGGUGUUGGGGGUGGGGGUGCGGCGGCUAAGGCGCAGGAGGUUAGGCGUGUGGUGAUUGCGACGCAGAGCAGGCUGUUUCAUCUGGCGGGUAAGGUGGGGAAGGGGAAUGAUGGGAGUGCGUCCAUCUAUACGAGGUUGUUCGAGAGUGAGCAGCCCGUUGUUCAUGAGCUGAGCAGGGCGUCGACCGCCGCCGCGUCCAUGCUGGCUGUCUCGCCCGAUGUGGAGGAGGUGCCGCGGUUUAGAGGGGAUGAGGAGGUUGCCGAGAGGGCGUUCGCGUGGCUGUCGUCGCAUGGCGUCUAUCAUGGGAAGUUGCUCGUGGAUGGGGCCGGUGCGGAGUUGGGGAACAAGGUGUUUGCCGAGGCGGAGCUGCUCCCGAGGGCCCAGUUAGCGAAUCCCGAGGCGGCGGGGAGGCGGCAGGUGUCAACUGAGUAUAUUGACGCGAUUGCGCUUACACAAUGGCAUGUUGUCUGCCUAGUCGGGACGCGCGUCGUCGUGGCGAACAGGCUGACGGGGUCGGUUGUCUACGACCAAACCAUCUUGGACCCGGGGCAAAAGGCAGUUGGCCUGUGUGUGGAUAUCCAAAAGAAUACCUUCUGGCUGUUCACACCGCAGGAAAUAUUCGAGAUUGUUCCUCGCGACGAGGACAGGGAUAUUUGGAAGAUUAUGCUCCAGAAGCAACAGUUCGAUGCUGCGCUCCAGUAUGCGCACACGCCGGCGCAGAAGGAUGCCGUCGCCAUCGCUUCGGGAGACUACCUCGUGAGCAAGGGGCAACACGGCGAGGCUGCGGGCGUGUACGGCAAGAGCAGCAAGCCGUUCGAGGAGGUGGCGCUCACGUUUAUUGAUAACGAGCAACCGGACGCGCUUCGCAAGUAUCUCUUGACCAAGCUGAGCGCAUACAAGAAGUCUUCGGUCAUGCAGAGGGUCAUGAUCGCAGCGUGGUUGGUUGAAGUGUUUAUGGCCAAGCUCAACUCCCUCGACGACACCAUCGUCACGGGGGCGGAGCUGUCCGACACACUGAAUCCGACUCAGACGAGGGAACAACUCGACUCGGUCCGAGCCGAGUUCCAUGAUUUUGUGAACAAACACAAAUCCGACCUCGACCAGAAGACGGUCUACGAUGUGAUCAGCAGUCAUGGUCGGGAAGAAGAGCUUCUCUACUAUGCCAACGCUGUAAACGACUACAACUACGUCCUCUCGUACUGGGUCCAGCGGGAGCGGUGGCCAGAAGCGCUGAGGGUUUUGAAGAAGCAAACCGAUGCCGAGGUUUUCUACCGGUAUAGCAGCGUGCUUAUGACACACGCCGCCACCGAGCUAGUCGAGAUCUUGAUGCGGCAGAGCAACCUCAACUCGCGGAGCCUCAUCCCCGCGAUGCUCGAAUACGACCGCAAUUACAAGGGGCCACUGACCCAAAACCAGGCCAUCCGGUAUCUACAAUAUGUGGUCAACCAGCUCGGCUCGGCCGACUCUGCGGUACACAACACCCUCGUCUCCAUCUACGCCUCCCACCCCUCAAAGGACGAAUCCGCCCUCCUCUCAUACCUCGAAUCCCAAGGUGAUGAACCAAGAUUCGACCCUGACUUUGCACUCCGCCUCUGCAUCCAGCACCGUCGCGUCCUCUCGUGUGCCCGCAUCUAUACCAGCAUGGGCCAGUACGUGCAGGCCGUCGAUCUGGCUCUCUCACACGACGAAGUUGAGCUAGCAUCUAUCAUCGCGGACCGGCCCAUGUCCAACCCGCCCCUACGGAAGAAGCUCUGGCUCGCGGUCGCCAAGAAGGUCAUCUCCCAACAAUCCGGCGGCAUCAAGACGGCCAUCGAGUUCCUCAAGCGCUGCGACCUGCUCAAGAUCGAGGACCUCAUCCCCUUCUUCCCGGACUUUGUCGUCAUCGACGACUUCAAGGAGGAGAUAUGCGCGGCGCUCGAGGACUACAGCCGCAACAUCGACGCGCUGCGGCGCGAGAUGGACGAGUCGAGCCAGACGGCGGCCAACAUCAAGGUCGACAUCGCCGCGCUCGACAGGCGCUACGCCAUCGUCGAGCCCGGCGAGAAGUGCUACGCCUGCGGCCUGCCGCUGCUGAGCAGGCAGUUCUUCGUGUUUCCCUGCCAGCACGCCUUCCACUCGGACUGUCUGGGCCGCCGGGUGCUGGAGCAGAGCGGCGCCGCCAAGGCGCGGCGCAUCAGGGAGUGCCAGGUGCAGAUCAGCAAAGGGAUGGUCGGGGGGGAGAAGAGGGAGGCUAUGAUUGCCGAGCUGGAUGCGUUGGUUGCUUCGGCGUGUAUAUUGUGCAGCGACUAUGCGAUCCGGAGGAUUAACGAGCCGUUUAUCAAGGAAUGGGAAGACACAGAGGAGUGGGCACUUUAAGACCCAAUGUGGCUGUGAGCACGAGUACAGGUUUGCAUAAUACGUAAGGAAUAUGAAACGACGAGAGAGACAGAAAGAGAGCUGAUACCCAAUACGCACAUGAUGCCAAACUACAUGCUCCACCCAACCAACCACUUCUCUGUACAUACAUACCAUGUGACUAUCUGUCUCGCCAUCCUACCACAACAACACUACCAUCUCCCAGCCCC